AUGUUGGCAGAUGACCCGCUUGUCACCCAAUACUUUGGGCACUACUUGCCAACGCAGGAAGAGCUCGACCUCAUGGCGCAGAUUCUCAGCGCAAAUCCAGAGUUAGAGACACAAGCACAGGAUUUCAUCGUAAUUUAUGGAGACGUCGUGGCAACUCUGCGGCGUUUCUGCUGGCAGGCCAAGCAGCUGGGCCUUUCUGGCAAAGCCUGUGCAGAGGAGGCAGUCAAGCUUCUGCAGCAAUGCUCAGAGAAGCGGUUGGCGUUGGGCUUGAACACGAUCCUCGCGAGCCCGAGUUUUCCAGAAGAUUAUUGGAAAUCUUUCAUAGCAACUGUUCCUCAGACGUACCAUGGAUUGGGCCUGAGAGGGCAGCCAACUGUUCUAAUUCGAGCUGGAGCGAUAGACCCUGAUGCAAUGAGCAAUCUUUUAAACACUGGUGCUGCCCUCGCCGUUGAUGGUGUCAAUGCAGCCGUUCUUUGUUUUCUGCGUUGCGAGGAAGUCCUUUUCCGACAGACCGUGCCCAGAGCAAGUGAGCAAGUCGGCCGGCUUGUGGAUCGGAUUAUCUUGGUUAUUGAUCUUUGGGGAGUGGGGCUUGGCCACCUUCGAUUCGCCACGGACUUUCUGUCAGCUGCUGUGAAGCAGACUGUCAUUUUAUAUCCGGAAACCUUGGACCGCGUCCUGAUUGUGAACGCAGCUUGGUCGUUUGCCACGCUGCUUUGGCCCCUGGUUAAACAGCUUUUGCACCCUGUCGCCCAGCGGAAAGUGGAGAUUGUGGAUGCCGCCCGGACUCGUGCAAAGCUUUUGGAGCACAUGGGCCCGGAAUGCUUGUCAUCCCACUACGGUGGUGCGAAUGAGGGUAUCCACAUGGGGCUGCUACUCAGGCCACCUGAACCUGAGGAAAGCUGA